AUGGCCGAGCCGCCGCCUGAAGGGCCUGGCGGGGCGCAGGGGCAGGCCCCGAGGUGCGGGCCCUUCCCCCGGUGGCGGAGGCCGACCCGUGGGGUGACAGCCGACAGGCCCUGGUGGGCCAGGUGGAACGCCGGGCCGCCGCGGGCGCCCCUGCUGCAUUGUAGUUGCCGGGAGACCCGGCCGCUCUGGCUGCCAGCGGAGCCGCCGUACCGGCCGAGGCUGACCUCGCUGGGUCCGGCCUGGGCCCCGGGCUCGACUCCCGCCGCCGCGCCCUCGCCAGCUGCCCACAGGCCCAACACCGCCGCCCAGGGGCCCGCGCGCCCGGCCGGCCGCCGCCCGCUGCCCCCCUUCUCCUCCCGCUGCAGGAAGGCCGAGUCGGAGGCUGCACCCCUCAAACCGCUCGCCCAGCUCGCCGAGGGACCCGGGCCUCGGGGCGGCGUCGCCCUCGGAGACGACGCAGGGAAGGACACGUGGGCGUGCGGCGCUGCGGGGCUCCACCGCCUGCCCUCCCGCCCCCUUAACGCCUUUCCCGGACUCCCACUCACACAGGGCUUCUUGUCUGUGGUCUCCUGCUCCCGGUGCGGUGGCUUCUUCCUGGGUGCCAGUGUCCGCGGGCAGCGCCACCUGCUCAGCAACCUCCUUCCUUCUUCAUUCUUCCAUCUUAGUGCCUGGCAUACAACAGGCCCAUCAAACUUACCUAACUGGAGUUUGGAUUCAGAAGUACCUGUUCCUGAAAAUAAAAACCUCCCACCUGGAAGGGAUAGUGCAUCAGGUGGCACAAUUAACAAGAAUCAUCUGGAAAUUCCAGUAGAUCAGUUGAUGCUAGAACUUAAUUUGUCAGAGCAUGCUCACAGAAGAACACAGAAUAGUAAACAAGGCAUAUUUCAGUUAUGGAGUUAUCCUCUUAAUGAAGGAAAUACUGUGGAGAGCAGGGAUUUCAAAAUAUCUUCAGUAGAAACUGGCUUUAAUGUGAGCGGUAAUCCCAUGAGGCCCUUCGCUCUGAACCACUCACUAACAAGUGCUGUAGUUGAUCAGCAAGCUGGUCCUUACCCUGGUCUGCAGCAGCAGAUGCCGUUAGGUCUCUGCUGGCCCUAUGCAGAUGGAGACUUUUUUAAGGACAGAAAUGAAACUCAUAUUAAUUUAUCUUCAGCUAUAGAAAGCAGCAGUAGUGAAACUUUAUCUGCUUUGAAUUGGAAUUUUAAAUAUGCAAACAGCAGUGUGGAAGAAAAUUUAACAGAUGAAAGUGAUUUAUCAGAAAACGAAAAAGCAAAUGAUACUUUACUCAACUAUUUUAAAAAGAUGGACCUGAACUUAAAGCCAGAAACAAUAGAAAACUUUGAAGAGUCUUUCACAGAGGAACCAAGUGAAGUCUUUCCAUACCCCGAUUUUCUCCCUCCACCUUUCAAUACUCUGGACUUGCACAAAUUAGCCCUCUCAAAAUCUGAAAAUUGGAAAGCCACAAUGGAACCACCAGAAAGCUCUGUUGAACACUUGAUAACUCGUUUACUGGAAAUGGAAAGAAUACAACAUAUGACAAUACAGAAGGAGAGGACAAGACUGCAAACUAACUUGUAUACUCCAGCGGUUACUGAACGACCCUCUUCCUCCAAAGCUAUACCCAGAGUGAGACAGCCAAAACUUUCUGAUUCUUUGAGUCUUCAGACAUCUUGUGUAGAUAAAAGUCGAGAAAAAAGAAAAAACAAUUCUGGUUCUUGCAAGCUUGAACAAAAUGUUUCAAAAUGGAAUUGGAGCCAUGCUGGAAAAUAUAGGUGGAAUUCUAGAGCAACAUCUCUGAAAAGUUCAUCCACCACAAAACAGUUGAUUGCAACUUGUGAUGACUUUAAGAAUCCCAAAAACUCCAUUUUAAAUCCAUGCCAAGAAUUCUCAGCCAAGCCUAGUACUGCCCAAACAACUCAAUCACUGGUUAAGAUGGUCUCAACAAGAUGUCUGCCAACAAGGUCUCCAAUACCAAUUUCACCCGUACCUCUGACUUUUCCUGAAAAUCAGAGAGAAGAAAUUAAGCCACCAAGGACCAAAAAGAAACUUUAUCAAAAAAAUAUAGUACUGAAUAGACCAUUCUAUAUUCAGAAGCUAAACUGUUUAUCACCUUCAUUUAUAGCUAAGGAUAAGUGCUCACCCAUUGACCAAAAAUAACCCUUUUUUCCUCAUACAUCUCAAUGUGAGCCAACCUAUUCCAAGAAGCCUAGCUAAAAUAUGGCUCAUCAUUCCAAAACA